AUGCCUCUCACAAUGUUGGGAGCGGCACCAUGGGCCCACGGCCACGGCCACCACUCCAUGUCACCAUCAUCAAAAAAGUGCAAACGCCAUCCCGAAGCCCUGCACACCCGCAAGCCCUCUCUCAGCAACUCCGUCUCCAGCAAUGACUCUUCGUCAACACAAUCAACCGGAUCAUCGGGCACCGUCCGUCACAGCCGCGUGCUCGACUUUGACCCGUUGUCGCUACACCCGACCUUCCAACCGCCACCUGGCAGACUUUUCGAGAGGCCCAUAAUCCACAACUCCCAGGCCAUCGAGGACGACGUUAUCGACUCUUACUUUUCCUCCCAGGAAGCUCUUGCCGAGCAGCAGACCAAGGCUUCUUUCGCCGCCGCCGCACCUGACAUGCCGGCUCCGCCCGUCGACUCUCCCCGGACUCCCAUCCAGCAAACCGAACGCUCCAGGGAGCACGCAGCGGAAGGCGACGACUACUUUCUUUUCAAGGUGCAACAGCACAUCGCCGCGACCCGUCCGCAGCUGCCACGGUCUCAUUGGUCAGAGUCUACGAUACAGACUCUCGACAUGGAGUUUCCAGAUGACGACGAAGAAGGCGAUGCGGGGAGUGAGGGAAGCAUUGUCGACGAGGAGAGGCCAGUACGGGAAUCGCAGUGGCAAAACUUUUCGUACAAGCGCAACACGCCACCCAAGAGACCACAGAUGAAGUCACUGGACAGCGUCGAGGACUUUAUCAAGCGCGGAGGCUGGAAGAGACGCGGUAUCGUCUUUGAGCAAGACGGAACCCGGCAAGCUGGAAGCAGCUUGUUCUAA